GGCCGCGGCCGAGCUGCAGGGCCCCGUGUUCACCGUGGAGCCGCCGCACCGCGCCUCCUUCUCCAACUCGUCCGGGCUGCGGCUGGACUGCAUGGCGACGGGCUCGCCCGCGCCGCGCAUCUCCUGGCUGCUGGCGGACGGGUCCCCCGCGCUGCCCGUGGCCGGGCUGAGGCACACGCACCCCAACGGCAGCCUCGAGCUGCCCGCCUUCCCCGGCGACCGCUACCGCCAGGACGUGCACGCCGUCACCUACCGCUGCCGCGCCUCGAACCAGGCCGGCGCCGUGCUCUCCAAGGACGUCCACGUCCGCGGAGUGGUGAAGCAGGACUACGACGUGCAGGUGUACGACGAGCACGUGGUGGCGGGCAACACGGCCGCCCUCAAGUGCCACGUGGCGCCGUACGUGGCCGAGUACAUCAUGGUGACGUCGUGGGAGGUGGACCAGGUCAACCUGUACCCGAGCACGGACGUCGGCGGCAAGCACCUGGUGCUGGCCAACGGCGACCUCUACAUCCAGGACGUGAGCCCGUCGGACCGGCACCGCGCCUACACGUGCCGCACGCUCCACCGCCUCACGGGCCAGACCCGCGCCAGCCCGACCCCCGGCAGAGUCAUCAUCACUGAGCCCAAGGGCAGCGCGCAGCUCCGCCUCACCGUGGAGAAGCACCAGAGCGUGCUCGCCAAGGUGGGGGAGGACGCCGUGCUGCCGUGCCUCGCCCAGGGCCACCCCGUGCCCAGCUACAAGUGGCAUCGCGAGGAGAGGCAGGGGCGCCUGCAGCUGCAGCCGCUGCAGCUGGACGAUCGCGUGGGGCUGCUGGCCGCGGGGCUGCUGCGGCUUAAGAAGGCGCGCCUCUCGGACGCCGGCCAGUACGUCUGCACCGUGUCCAACAGCGCGGGCGAGGAGACGGUGCACGUGGCGCUGACGGUGACGGCGCCGCUGUCGGCGCACGUGUCGCCGCCGUGGCAGGAGGUGUCGACGGGGUCCGAGGCGCUGCUCGAGUGCAGCGUGGCCGGCCAGCCCGUGGCGCGGGUGCAGUGGCUGCGCGACGGGCUGCCGCUGCAGCCGAGCCCGCGCGUCUCCAUCACCACGGCGCCCGCGCCCUCGGCCGCGCUCGGCGGCGCCGGCCCCCAGCGCCACCCGGGGCCGGGCGUGAGCCGCGUCAAGCUGACGGGCGUGGGCAAGGAGGACCGCGGCAUGUACCAGUGCGUGGCCAGCAACGACCGGGACAUGGCGCAAGGCACGGCCGAGCUCAAGCUGGGCGACGCGGUGCCCGAGCUCGUGUACUCGUUCUCGGAGCAGACGCUGCAGCCCGGGCCCGCCGUGUCCCUCAAGUGCAUGGCGGUGGGCAUCCCGCCGCCGCAGUUCUCGUGGACGCUGGACGGCUUCCCGCUACCGGAGAGCCCGCGCUUCCUCGUCGGCCAGUACGUGACCAUCCACGACGACGUCAUCAGCCACGUCAACAUCUCGUACGUCAAGGAGGAGGACGGCGGCGAGUACACGUGCACGGCGAGGAACUCGGUGGGCAGCAAGUCGCACUCGGCGCGCGUCAACGUCUACGGCAAGCCGUACAUCCGGGAGAUGCCCAGGAUCACGGCGGUGGCGGGCAAGGACCUCGUCAUCAAGUGUCCCGCGGCCGGCUACCCCAUCGAGAGCAUCAGCUGGGAGCACAACGGCCAAGCGUUGCCCUCGUCGCGUCGCCAGAAGGUGUUCCCCAACGGCACCCUCCUGGUGCAGCAGACCCGUCAGGGCGAGGACCAGGGCACCUACACCUGCCAGGCCGUCAACAGACAGAAGCACUCGGCCCGGCGGGACGUCGAGGUCGCCGUCCAGAUCCCGCCCCGCAUCCUGCCCACGCUGCCGCUCAACCUGAGCGAGGGGAUGCGCGCCGCCAUCAGCUGCCAGAUCCUGGAGGGCGACCAGCCCGUCGGCUUCCGCUGGGAGCGCGACGGGCGGCCGCUGCAGGCCCAGGACGGCGCCUACACGCGCCGCCACGACGAGUUCUCCUCGGCGCUCAUCAUCGAGCGCGUGGCCGCCAAGCACACGGCCAACUACACCUGCAUCGCGAGCAACGUGGCGGGGCCCGACCGCUUCACCGUGCCGCUCAUCGUCAACGUGCCGCCGCGCUGGCUGGUCGAGCCGGUCGACACGAGCGUGUCGGCGGGCCAGGACGUGUGGCUGCACGCCGAGGCCGAGGGAUCGCCGCCGCCCUCGGUCCUGUGGAAGAAGGCGGUGCCCGGCAUACCCGGCGAGUACCGCGACCUCGCCCUGUUCGACCACCACGUCAACCUGAUGCCCAACGGCACGCUGCACUUCGUGCGCGUCUCCAAGGAGAGCGAGGGCCACUACAUGUGCGAGGCCGGCAACUCGGUCGGCUCCGACGUCAGCAAGGUCGUGUUCCUCAAAGUGAACGCGCCCGCGCACUUUCCGACCAAGUGGCGCCAGGUGCAGGUGGCCAAAGGGGAGGCCGCCCGCCUGCAGUGCGCCGCGCAGGGGGACCCGCCUAUCGACAUCCAAUGGCGCCAGGCCGGACAGCGCCUGGCCGUCGACACGGACCACAGACUCACGCUCCGGGAGCAGCCCAAGGACGCCGGCCACGUGUCCGAGCUCACCAUCGAGCGCGCCACGCGGCACGACACGGCCACCUUCAGCUGCACGGCCAGCAACGCCUACGGCCAGGACGAGAUGACGAUCCAGCUGGUGGUGCAAGAGGUCGCCGAGAUGCCGCAGAACGUGCGCGUCACGGAGCAGCAGAGCCGCAGCGUGCAGCUGUCGUGGCCGCCGCCCUACUCGGGCAACUCGCCCAUCUCCGCCUACGUUCUGCAGUACAAGCUGGUGGCGGACCCCUGGCCGUCCAACCCCAUGCGCAUGGCCGUGUCGGGCUCGCAGGCCAGCGCCACGCUGAGCGGACUCAGCCCCGCCACCUCCUACCACGUGCGCAUCCUGGCCGAGAACAGGCUGGGCCUGAGCGAGCCCUCUGAGGCCAUCCAGGUCACCACGCAGGAAGAGUCGCCUAGCGGCGCCCCGCAGGCGGUGCGCGCCGAGGCACGGUCGAGCACGGAGCUGGUGGUCACCUGGGAGCCGCCGCCCCGCGAUAUGUGGCACGGCUCGCUGCAGGGCUACUACGUGGGCUACCAGCAGGUGUUCCAGCUGACGCAGAUGGCGGGCACGGACCGGCCCACCCGGGACCAGUACAUGCUCAAGACCGUGGAGGUGGGCUCUCAGUACGGAGGGGAGGCGUCGCUCAUCGGGCUGGCCAAAUUCACGACGUACAACGUGGUGGUGCAGGCGUACAACAGCCGGGGCGCGGGCCCCAUGUCGGAGCCCGUGACGGUGCGCACCAUGGAGGACGUACCAUCCAUGCCGCCCGAGAAGCUCAACUGCAGGCCCACGUCCACGCAGGAGCUCCAGAUCCAGUGGCAGGCGCCGCCGGAGGAGGGCCGCAACGGCGACCUGCAGGGUUUCAAAGUGCUCUUCCGGCCGGUCGAGGAGUGGUUCGAUAAAGAGAGCCCUGAGGUGAAAACGACCUCCUCCACGUCCACCACGCUGCCGGGACUGCUCAGCUUCACCAACUACAGCAUCAUCGUGCUGGCCUUCACCGGGUCCGGGGACGGCGUCAGGACGCCGCCGGUGUUCUGUCGCACAGAGGAGGACGUGCCCUCGGCGCCGGCGGACAUCAAGGCCCUGACGGCCUCGGCAAACACGGUGCUCGUGGCGUGGCUGCCGCCGGCCAACCUCAACGGCGUCCUCAUGGGCUACACCUUCUACUGGAACUACGUCCGGGACGACGGCAAGGAGGGCUCGACGCACACCGUGCAGCUGGGCUCGCAGACGGAGACGCACGAGGUGCAGAGGCUGUCGCCCAGCUCCACGUACCGGUUCUGGGUGACGGCCAGCACGCGCGUGGGCGAGGGCGAGCCAAGCAAGAUAGCGUCCGUCAGGCCCAACGGCAAAGUCCCCGCGCGCAUCGCGUCCUUCUCGAGGACCCUAGUUACGCCCUGGAAGCGCAACGUGUCCCUGGCGUGCGCGCACGUCGGUACCCCGGCGCCCCAGGUCGGCUGGAGGUUCAACCAGCGGCCGCUCGAGUCCUCCGGCAGGGUGCAGGUGAACGCGGGCGCGCUGCUCGUCCGCGACGUGCAGCACUCGGACGAGGGCAACUACAGCUGCACCGUGGAGAACGCGCACGGCCAGGACGACAUCACGUACUCGCUGGUCGUGAUGGUGCCGCCCGGGCCGCCGGCGCUCGCUAUCCUGGCCACGGACGCCGACAGCCUGCACCUGCAGUGGACGGACAGCGAGCCCGGCGUCCCCGUCCUGGGCUACGUCAUCAACUACAAGCGCGACCACGGGGACUGGGAGGAGCUGCAGCUCGAGUCCAAGGUGGACAGCUACGUGCUGCGCGGCCUGCUGUGCGGCAACCGCUACCAGCUCUACAUGACGGCGUACAACCGCAUCGGCACGGGGUUGCCUUGCGACAUCGUGCACACGGCGACGCGCGGCUCGGUGCCGGUCACGCCCAGCCAGGCGGCCCUGCUCACCGUCAACUCGACCGUGGUCACGCUGUGGCUGGACGCGUGGGCGGACGGCGGCUGCCCCAUCCAGUACCUGAUCGUCGAGUACCGCGAGGUGGAGGGCGACCCGUGGCAGCUCGUCUCCAACCACGUGCUGCCCUCGGAGCGCGCCCGCUCCGUCGCGGACCUCACGCCGGGCUCGCGCUACCAGCUGCGCGUCACGGCGCACAACAGCGCCGGCUCGGUGUGGGCCGUCUACAACUUCACGACGCUGUCGCUCGCGGGCGGGCCCCUCCCGCAGCCGCCGGACGACGACUUCCCCGCGACGGCGGACGAGGACGCGGGCAUGUCCGUCAACUUCCGGGUGCUGCUCCCCAUCGUCCUGUGCUCGGCCACCGUCAUCAUGCUCGCCUACGCCGGCAUGCACAUCGGCAAGAGAAAGCUGCGACAGCGCGCCUCGUCGCCAGAGGUCAUGCCCCCCAUGUUCGGCGGCUUUGGCGGCUCCCACGUCCCCCUGCGUAGGGGCCCCGGGCCGGGCCCUCCGGGCGCCGUGGGUGAAUCGCCGAGCCUGGCGCAGCUGCAGAACCAGCAGAAUAGGGACCAGCACUACCUGGCUCUGCCCGGCGCCAAGUACUCCGAGCCCAGCACCUACAAGACUGUUGAGUCGUCUGACUACAUCAAGGACAUCUGCCCCUACGCCACGUUCCAGCUGAACGCCACCGGGCCGGCCUCCAAGGCGUACAGCGACGCGGGGUCAACGUGCUCCUUCUCCGGCAACAUCUACUCGGGGCCGUACCACUCCGUGCGUGGCUCCUUCGUCUACCACGACGGCACGGCCGGUCCGGCCGUCGACACCUACAAACUGAGACAUGAGCCCGAGUACACCAAGGUUCGACGGAAAAAGAGUAAACUCCGCGACCCUCACUCGGAGAGCCAAGGUGAGCUCGAAUCGGACAACCUUGGCAGCACAGACUCCGAGGUGAAGAAGAUCCUGUCGCUUCACCUGCCUAUAUCGGAGUACGACACGCUGGGUAGCGACACGGAAGGGAGCAGUCAGAAGCAAGAGAUGGCGAGCUUCCGGCAUCGAGUGCCUCGAGGGGCGCGGACCCCACGAGGGUCCGUGGUGCCAUGUAAAGAGAGCAGUAGCUCAUCGGACACGUCGCCGGUCGACACACGGAAACAGUUCCAGCCCCGCAAGUCCAAGAGCAAGAGCCAGCUGUCUGGAAAGCGACAUGUUCGCUCCAGCUCGGGGUACUCGAGUCACACAGAGGAAACAACAUUCAGUUUCAGCGAUCGCAUCCAGCCACCGUCGCGGUUCUCCGAUUCGCGCUCGCUCUCCAGGGACUUGUCGGAGACGGAGAACGACCAAAAGCGCAGACCGUCGCGGUCCUCUGUGCCCUCCCGCGCCAGUGGUUCGGCCAGCGCCGUGAGAGAUCCAUCGGCCUCGUUCCAGAUUGAUGUAUAGCUAAGCGCAUGAGGCAACGGGGCAGCGGGCUGCCCUUUCAGCCGUCAGCCAAUUGUCUUCCCAAGUUUUGUAUAUUUUUGUUUUCUCGCCUUUGCCUAUUGAUACCUCUAAUAAUUGUUCUUCCAUUGUGGAUGCCAAAUGUUUCGUUGUUUUUUUUUUUCGUUUUUUGUUGUGUUUUUGUUUUCUGCUGUGAAAAAGAAAUGGCCUAUGUUGGAAAAGUACUGAAACCUUGUACAUUUUGCGGCCAUUUGACAUUGUGAUAUUUAAAUUUUAGCAGUUGCUGAUAUCAUACAGCCCCAGUGACUGAGCAUGAGAGUGAUGUGUUCUUCUCAUGGACUGAGUCUUUUCAUCUUUAAUUGCAUUAUGCCUCCCAAAUAUAAGUUUGGAGCAAACGCAAAGUUUUUUAUAAUGUCAAUUAAUUUUUUAAAACAUCAUAUCAUAUGUGUAGCUAGCCUUUUUAUUCAAAUUUGCUGUUCUUAAUGGCACUGAAUUUUAAUUUUAAUUUCAUGGUCAAGAUAAGUUGUUGCUGUGAAUUGUUGACUUGAAUUGCUAUAUAAAUGUAUGUAUCUCAGACUCAAAACUGACACAUUUGUCUACUGGGUACUGUGUGCUUUUGAUAGAUUGCUCACUAUGGCAGCUCUGUGAAAAGUGCACAAUAUAUCAAAUGUUGCUUAACUGAUUGCAGAAGUUUUCUGUCUCUCCUUGUUAAGUAAAGUAUUAUGUAAAGAUCAGACUCUGCAUAUCAAUGUCAACAUAUGAUGUAAAUAUUGGGUAUCUCUAAUUGGAUAUGUGUGUAAUUAUAGAAGACAAUAUUUCAACUGUGCCUACAGUGUACAUAGUUCGCUAAAGUAAAAAUUUCUCUGAAAAUGAAAAUUUCUUUUUGACAAAAAUAUGUUAAAAUCUCCCUUGCCUUUCUUUUUAUUUUUAUUAAAGAAAGCAAUGAAGUUCUAUUGAAACUUAACAAUGACUAUUAUACUAAAUAAAACAUUGUGAAUGGGGCAGAGAGCUUUCCCAUUACAAUUAGAGAAACUGUGAGGAUAAGGAAGGUGUUUAAAGAAAUAAAAUAACCAAAGUUAA